GCGUGCGUGGCUGGGGCGCGUGCGCGCUGCUGCUGCUGCUGCUGCUGCUGCUUCUGCUUCUGCGGCGGAGAGGCUGAAGCGGAGGCGGCGGGGAGACGCGGAGAGAGACCCAGGCCGGGCGGAAGACCGGGCCAGAGACCGAGCGAGAGACGCCGCCCCCCCGGUAGCCCCCGCCGCCAUCAUGCCGGCCGUGUCUAAGGGCGACGGGAUGCGGGGCCUGGCCGUGUUCAUCUCGGACAUCCGCAACUGCAAGAGUAAGGAGGCGGAGAUUAAAAGGAUAAACAAAGAACUGGCUAAUAUCCGAUCAAAAUUCAAAGGCGACAAGGCGCUCGAUGGCUACAGUAAGAAGAAGUAUGUGUGCAAGCUGCUCUUCAUCUUCCUCCUGGGCCACGACAUCGACUUUGGCCACAUGGAAGCAGUGAACCUGCUGAGCUCGAAUCGCUACACGGAGAAGCAGAUUGGCUACCUUUUCAUCUCUGUCCUAGUGAACUCCAACAGUGAGCUGAUCCGCUUGAUCAAUAACGCUAUCAAGAAUGACCUGGCGAGCCGGAACCCCACCUUCAUGGGGCUGGCUCUGCACUGCAUCGCCAACGUGGGCAGCCGGGAGAUGGCCGAGGCCUUUGCUGGAGAAAUCCCCAAGAUCCUGGUGGCUGGAGAUACCAUGGACAGCGUCAAGCAGAGCGCAGCCUUGUGUCUGCUGCGCUUAUACAGGACAUCCCCGGACCUCGUGCCGAUGGGCGAUUGGACCUCUCGUGUGGUGCAUCUCCUCAAUGACCAGCACUUGGGUGUGGUCACUGCUGCGACGAGCCUGAUCACCACGCUGGCGCAGAAGAACCCAGAAGAGUUCAAGACCUCCGUUUCCUUAGCGGUUUCCAGAUUAAGCAGAAUUGUGACGUCAGCCUCGACGGACCUGCAGGACUACACUUACUAUUUUGUGCCAGCUCCCUGGCUGUCGGUGAAGCUUCUGCGGCUUUUACAGUGCUACCCACCCCCAGAAGACCCUGCGGUGCGGGGCCGCCUCACUGAAUGCCUCGAGACAAUCCUGAACAAAGCCCAGGAGCCCCCCAAAUCCAAGAAGGUGCAGCAUUCUAACGCCAAGAACGCCGUGCUCUUUGAGGCCAUCAGCCUCAUCAUCCAUCAUGACAGCGAGCCCAAUUUACUCGUCCGUGCCUGUAACCAGUUGGGUCAGUUCUUGCAGCACAGAGAGACGAAUCUCCGGUACCUGGCGCUGGAGAGCAUGUGCACCCUGGCCAGUUCAGAGUUCUCCCACGAGGCUGUGAAAACCCACAUAGAGACGGUCAUCAACGCCUUGAAGACGGAGAGGGAUGUGAGUGUGCGGCAGAGAGCGGUGGACCUCCUCUAUGCCAUGUGUGACCGCAGCAAUGCCCAGCAGAUCGUCGCCGAGAUGCUCAAUUACCUGGAGACGGCCGACUACUCCAUCCGGGAAGAGAUUGUCCUGAAGGUGGCCAUCUUGGCCGAGAAGUACGCGGUGGACUACACCUGGUAUGUGGACACCAUCUUGAACCUGAUUCGAAUCGCCGGGGACUAUGUCAGCGAGGAGGUGUGGUACCGCGUCAUUCAGAUUGUGAUCAACCGGGACGAUGUGCAGGGCUACGCAGCCAAGACCGUGUUUGAGGCUCUUCAGGCCCCGGCUUGCCACGAGAAUUUGGUCAAAGUGGGCGGCUACAUCUUGGGGGAGUUUGGAAACUUGAUCGCGGGUGACCCGAGGUCCAGCCCCCUCAUCCAGUUCAACCUGCUGCACUCCAAGUUCCACCUGUGCAGUGUGCCCACGCGCGCCCUGCUCCUGUCCACCUAUAUCAAAUUCGUGAAUCUCUUUCCUGAGAUCAAGACGACGAUUCAGGACGUCCUGCGCAGCGACAGCCAGCUCAAGAAUGCUGACGUGGAGCUGCAGCAGAGGGCCGUGGAGUACCUGAGGCUGAGCACCAUUGCCAGCACGGACAUCCUGGCCACGGUGCUGGAGGAGAUGCCUCCAUUCCCGGAGCGGGAGUCAUCCAUCCUAGCCAAGCUGAAAAAGAAGAAAGGCCCCAGCACAGUCACGGACCUGGAAGAAACCAAGAAAGAGAGGAGUGCAGACAUGAAUGGGGGUGCCGAGCCGGCUCCAGUCAAUGCCAGCACUGUGUCCACUCCUUCUCCAUCUGCAGACCUCCUGGGUCUGGGCACUGGCCCCCCGACCAAUGCAGCAUCCCCUCCGGCCUCCAGCGGCAGCUUGCUAGUGGACGUGUUUUCAGAGCCUGCCUCGGCAGUGACUCAGCUCGCUCCUGGCUCACAAGAGAACUUUGCAAGUCCUGACCUGGCUUCAUCUGAGCUAGUUUCCGAGGAACCCGCCGAGACGGCGCGUGGUGCCGACGAGCUGACGCACAAGUUCGUCUGUAAGAACAACGGAGUGCUGUUUGAGAACCAGCUGUUGCAGAUCGGCCUGAAGUCAGAAUUCCGCCAGAACCUGGGUCGCAUGUUUAUAUUUUAUGGUAACAAGACUUCCACGCAGUUCUUAACCUUUACCCCGACACUAAUCUGUUCCGAUGACCUUCAGUCCAAUCUGAACCUGCAGACCAAGCCGGUGGACCCGACCGUGGACGGGGGUGCACAGGUGCAGCAAGUGGUGAACAUCGAAUGCAUCUCUGACUUCACCGAGGCACCCGUCCUCAACAUUCAGUUUAGGUAUGGGGGAACCUUUCAGAACGUGUCGGUCAAACUGCCCAUCACACUGAACAAGUUUUUCCAGCCCACAGAAAUGGCUUCCCAGGAUUUCUUCCAGCGCUGGAAACAGCUGAGCAAUCCCCAGCAGGAGGUGCAGAACAUCUUCAAGGCCAAGCACCCGAUGGACCCCGAGAUCACCAAGGCCAAGAUCAUAGGCUUCGGCUCUGCUCUCUUGGAGGAGGUGGACCCCAACCCGGCCAACUUUGUGGGGGCUGGCAUCAUCCACACCAGGACGGCACAGAUUGGGUGCUUGCUGCGCCUGGAGCCCAACCUGCAGGCCCAGAUGUAUCGGCUCACUCUUCGGACAAGCAAGGAGACCGUGUCCCAGCGCUUGUGUGACCUGCUGUCGGAGCAGUUUUAACCAACAGGAGUGCAGAAUAGUGCAGUUUGUGCGUGUAUUCCUCCUCAUUGUCUCCAUUAUCCCCCUGCAAAUAAACAUACCUUGUACCCCAGUGUCUGAAUAUUGCCGUGUGCCCAAGGACUCCUUCUACCCGCGGUCCGUCUAGCAGAUGGAGCGCAGACGUGCGGUGUUGGAAGGGACUCGGCCCCUGUGCCGGCGGGCUGGACGCUGUCCGGGACGGAUCUUCGCUCGCAUCUGCCAGGAGCGGAGGCCCCGGAGGAGGAGAAGCUUGGCUGUGAACGAGAACCCUGAGCGUUUUGGGGGCAGUGGGGGGGUCAGGGUCUGCGCACAGGGGAGAGGGCGGUGACCACCCUUGCCACCCCAGCCACUCGACGGGGCGACCUUUCCGGGGGCUUCUCUGCCAUGUUUGUCUCAUCUGCCUGCCUGCUGCUGGGGUCCCAGGCAGCCCCGGGGCAUCUGUGGUGACCUCCUUGGGCCACUAGCUUUUACAGUGUGUGUGUGGGUGUGAGCUGGGCAAGGGUCAGCCUUCAGGAUCUCGUGGUUUCUCUGACUCCUUGGAGGAAAGGAACCGUGGUUCGAGGCACCCGGUGGGUGAGCAGGUGCCCCUAUGUUAACCCUCAAAACAUGCCGCUCUCCGAAUUGUUAAGGGAAGUGGAGACCCUGGCAGUCCUUUGGGAGGGCGAUGGGCCUGGGGUGCCGGGAUGGGGCUGUAGCACCCAGACUGGUGGGUUACUGCAAGCUGAGGAUGGAGGGCCAGGUCCUGGGGCUGGGCAGGACUGGGGGACCCUUCCCUGCUCACGCACACACUGUGCAGCCUGAGCAUGGGCUGAGCCCCGGCCCAGACCCCAAGCAGACCCCGAGCAUCCUCUCAUGCUCACGUGACUUUGGUUCGUGUGAUCAGGGCCUGGACGCAGAAGGGAAGAAGGCUGAGGGUGGGCCAGAGCCGAGUGUCCCAAAGUGUGACCCUGCUUCCUUCCCGUGGCCCCCCAACCCCAGCCGCAGGCAUCUGAAGCCACAGAAGCAUUAUUUGUGUUGCGGCGCGAUGCCUUGGCCUUGCCGGUGAUGUGCCCUGUCCUUGAGCUCACGGAAACAGUAUUAUUGUUCAGAAUGCAGUAUUUAGGCAUCACCGUGUGAAAGGCACCAAGCGCCCUGCAGGACUCACCUUGUGCUGGCUGCUGUGGGAUGGCUCCCGCCACGUGGACCCACCUGGCGUGGACAGUGACCAGCUCAGCCUAGUGUCUCUGCCCCCACUCCUUCCCCCCAGCGCCCCCUUUACCCUCAGGACUCUCAUCAUGACAUUUUGAAAACCCGUGAAUUCAUCAGAAAAAGUGUUAUCUUUUAAAAGAGAAAUAAAUGGCUAGAACAGA